AUGCUGUCUUCAAGUCCUGCUUCCUGUACAUCUCCCAACCCUGACAAGAAGGUCCACUGGGAUUCUGAGAAGAGAAGGAGGACAUCAUCCACAGACUCAGAAUCAAAGAGUCACUUGGACAUUUCUAAGUUGCCCAGGUCCCGGAGACCCAGCCGGCUGACGGUCAAGUACGACCGGAGUCAUCUGCAGCGCUGGCUGGAGAUGGAGCAGUGGGUAGAUGCUCGAGUUCAGGAACUGUUCCAGACACCUCAGGGCAAGUCCUGCCAGGCAACAGAGAAAAGCAGCAGCCAAAGAACCUCGUUUUAUAGGGUGAAGAUGGAGGAGGGGAGGAA